AGUGAAGGUCCGCUUUGGCAAAGUAACUGUAGCACUUCGGCCUCAUUCGAUGUGCACCGAACAUAACCUACGGCGCACCGCAUUGGGAAAAUAAACCUCGUAUGCACAUUUCUCCAGCCUUUUCCUAUUGCCUUUUUGCUUAUUCCACCAGGGAUUUCAAAGUGUGCUCCUUUCCAAUCCGAACCUCGUGUGGACAAAUUUUGUGGGCUCUCUGGUUUCUUGCUCAAGGAGUGAUUGGAAUCAGCGAGAGAGAGGGGGGAAGUUUAGAGAGAGUAAGAGGGGGGAAGUUUAGAGAGAGAGAAUGCAGCAACAGCAGCAUCCAAUGCAGGCUGUAGUCCCCCCUAUACCUAUAGCCAGCAUAACAACAGAGCACAUUCAGAAGUGCUUGGAUGAAAAUAAGCAGUUAAUUCUGGCAAUAUUGGACUUCCAGAACCUUGGAAAGCUUGCAGAGUGUGCACAGUACCAAAACCGGCUACAGAAGAACCUUAUGUAUCUGGCAGCCAUUGCUGAUGCUCAACCUCAAUCACCGCCAGUGCAUCCUCAGAUGCCUCCACAUGCCACAAUGCAACCCAGCGGGCCUUACAUACAGCAUCAGCAGACAGGUCAACAACCCAUUUUCACACCUAAGGUUCCAAUCCAAUUCACCCCACAACAGAUGCAAGAGCAACAACUCCACCACCAACUUCAACAACAGCUACACAGCCGACAUCCACAAAUGGUCCAAGGUCCCUUGAGUAUGAGGCCAGUGGUCACCAAUGGUAUGCAAAUGAUGCAUGGGGAGACCAUGCUUGUGGCUAACAACAACCAGCAACCAGGCAUGGGGGGGUUCGCACAGGGUGGUGCAUCAAGUGGCUCAAUGGAUGGUGCGCAGGUGAGCCGAGGGUUCAUGAGAGAUGUGCAGGGCAACAAGCAGGAAGUAGGUUCAGAGGCUGCAAUUGAGGAAAACAAUUGGAACUCAGGGUCAGGACACUGUGGCAAAGGAGCAGAAGAAGGCGCGAACUAAGUGCGAUGGGUUUUCGUGCUGUCCCUCCCUUUCUCUUUGGAAUGUAACUUGCAGACGAUAUGGUUUGUGGGGUCUUUGUGUUUAUUUAGAUGGCGAGAGCUGAUGCAAUUGAGGGUUUUUUUGGUCUUGUACCAGCUCGGCAUGGAAAAUGUGAUGUGAUCUUCUGGUUAUAUAGAUCAACUAGGAAGAAAUCUUGAUGGUUUGUUUUGA